AUGGUUCAUCUCUAUGUGAAAACAUUAAAGAAUGAUGCGACUACACAUCAACAAAAAUGUUUUUUGCGCAAGCUAAUGCCUAAAAUUCGAAGGUCUACAGUUCGAAAGAUCAAAAAAUUUACAAUUGACUUUGGAGGGAGAUUCUUUGUGCUAUUAUUUUUUGUAUCUUUUACAUGGUAUGUGAGCAGCAAAUCCUUCGUUGAUUCCCCCCCAGAGUCCAACCCACAUUCUUUUCACUACAAAAUUCUGGAAACGGAUACUUGUUCAGAUCAGCCCAACAUGACUGUAGUGAUACUAGCUCAUUCGUCACCAUCAAACAUUGAACGGAGGAAUUCUUUGAGAAGAUCCUGGGCCAAUUAUAAAUUGCUUGGUUCUCAGAAUACAUCUCUUUUGUUUUUCAUGGGUCAUUCUCGCUCAUCCCAAAUCAAUAAGGCGAUUGUUAGGGAAAGUGAACUCCAUCACGAUAUUAUACAAGAAGACUAUGUCGAUUCAUAUCGCAAUAUGACUUACAAGUUUAUGUCAGCUAUCAAAUGGACAAUUAAAUUUUGCUCCCAUGUGCGGUAUGUGUUAAAAGUCGAUGAUGAUGUUUUUGUCAACAUUCACGCACUUGGACCAUUCUUGCGAAAACCUGAGAUUACGUCUUUGUUGGAUUAUCGCUCUAUUCUUUGCAAAACUUGUGUCAAUGAAAAACCAGUGCGACGACAAAGAAAGCAUUUCAGCAAAUGGGUUGUGACUUUUCGAGAAUUUCGGGCUAGAGUUUACCCAGUUUACUGUUCGGGUAUGUUUGUUCUGUUGAGUUUAAAGAAUGCAAAGAAAAUAUUUGAGAUGUCAAUGCAACUUUCUUAUUUUUGGAUCGAUGAUGUUUUUAUGACUGGAAUCGUUGCUGCUAAACUUAACUUGCUACAUUAUCAUUUGCCAAACAUUUGA